AUGGAGCUGAGCGCAGAGAAUCUUGCUCUGCACGACACGGAUGACCGGGAGUUUGAUUCUAGCGACGAUGACUCAGAGUACACUUACGAGACAGAUCUUGUGUACCACGACCCGCAGAAGGAGUGGGAGGAGAACCUUGUGCAGUGCUUGGGCGACGGUUUGCCAACUACGUGUGGAUGA